AUGUACAAGCUCUCUGCACUCGCGGUUCUAUUAGCACAGGUCGGGUCGAUUGUUGCCCACGGGGGUGUAGUCAGUAUUGGCAUUGGAGGUACCAAGUACCAGGGAUGGCAACCAUAUAACUCGCCCAGUGGGCAGGUGACGGCUGGUCGACCAUACUCAAGCUUUGACCCCAUUCUUAGCCCGACUGCUUCAACUAUUCAUUGCAAUAACAACGGCGAGUCGGGCCCCAGUCAACAAACUCUGACCAUCGCUGCUGGUACUAAUAUUACGUCCUAUUACACCCAGUGGACGCACGCAGAAGGUCCCUACACAGUCUACCUCGCUGCAUGCCCCUCGAGCGGGUGCACCGGGGUUAGUUCUGCAAGCGUCUCUUGGUUUAAAAUCGGCGAACAGGGCCUCAUCAGUGGCACUGUCGGUAAGGGCCAAUGGGCCAACGGCCUUCUUAUGAAGAAUCUCUCUUGGAGCACGAAGAUCCCAUCUAACCUCAAGGCUGGCUACUAUCUUAUUCGUUGGGAGACACUUGCCCUGCAUCAGGCCAACACCCCACAAUUCUACCCCGAGUGCGCUCAGCUGCAAGUCACCGGAGGAGGAUCUACUGUUCCCACGAGUGAUUAUCUUGUCAAGAUUCCGGGUGCAUGGAAGGCAUCCGACCCGGGCGUGACAAUUGAUAUUUACAGCACCGCUGCACAAACCCAGACUACUUAUGUUAUUCCUGGCCCUCGUAUUUACCCGGGUUUCACCUGA